AUGAAGUACGUUCAGCUUACAAUCGAGCUCAUCACCAAGGCCUUUGAGACAUUCUCCUCUAAGAAGGGAGUGGAGUUUAACAAGAAAGAUGCAAAUAAGAUCUUUAAGGCGCUUGAUGAGGAUGAGGAAGUAGAGAGAUACUACUUUUGUGGAGAAAAGUGCACCAAGUCCAAGCGCAAAUGCAUGAAGGAAGUUGAUGAUGAAGGCAUGCAUUGUUAUGUCCACGAUCCUGCGCGCAAGUGUCAAGGCACAACUAUUAAGGGUGCUAAUUGUGGUAGUGUAGCCAAACUUGGUCAAACAUACUGUGGACGUCAUCAAGAUCAAGAUAGAGGUUAUAUAAAACGUAGUAACAACAACGCACCUGUCGACAAGCGUACCAAGUCUUCCAAGGCUUUAAAGAAGACACAUACUUCUAAGUUUGUGUCUUCCGAUGACGAUAUGACUUCCGAGGAUGAAGAACCAAAGAAGCGAAAGAGAAACAAGCAGGAGUCAUCGGAUGAAGAGCCGCUAAAGGAAAAGAAUCUCUACAUUGCAUUGUGUCCACCUAAGCUCAUGGGCAAGAAUCUCCCUGCGCCAGAAAUAUCUGAGAAAGAGGCACGCAUAUUGGCCAAGAUGGGUCUUCAAGAGGCAACUUCAGCAGAUGUAGAAAAAAUAGAAGAGUCUUCUGCUGAUGAGAAUUCUGACGAUGAUACAGAUGAUGGUGAUACGUCUGAUAAUGCUGACUCUGACGAUGAUUCCUCUAAAGAUAAAGACUCUGAUGAUGGCAAGUCCAAUAACAGAUCUGAUGUAGAAUCUGGAGAUGAUACCUCUAAGGAUAACCCUGAUGAAAAACUAUCUCAUAAAAAGCCAUCUAAGGAUGAUGAGAAGAAGACUUCUCGAAAGAAAAGGCAUUCAGAGAUGCCCAAAAAUGCAGAGCCAUCUUCUAAUGUAGAUGUUUCUAAGGAUGAAAAAGAUGAACACACAUUUGCACUGGCCACAACGGUGCGUAACAUUAGAUCAGAGAAAGACAUACCACUUGCAAAGGAUGGAGGAUGGAUGGUUCAUCCUAAUAACGACAUGCUUGAGUAUGCAACUAACUUUACGAUGAAGGCUAAGUACAUUGUCAAGCUAUGUGGAAAGAAUACAUACGUUGGCCUGUUUACGCUUGAUCAUCUGCGUGGCGGUGGUGAUGUUCCAGAGAUGGAUAUCUUGGAACGCUCCAUGCUUAGCAAGAUGAAACUUCAAGAAAUGUCUGAUGAAGAGAGAAAGAUGCUUUUCAACGAGGAGGUCGAAGUAGAAGAGGAACUACCAGUGGAAGGACCGACAGAUAUAUCCAAGAUGAAAUGGAAAAGGUUUCACAAGCAGCAAUUGGAGUAUUCCAAGAAUGUACUUGUAAAUGGAAAGCACAUUCUCAAGAUCCGCAAGCAAAACAUUGUAGUUGGCUUGGUGACUGAUGACCACAUUAGUGCAGAGAAUGUCGACUAUGAUAAUCUUAACCAAAAGGAAAAGAAAAGAUCUUCGCUAUGGGCUUUAAGCCACAAUGGUCUAAGGAUAGGUCGACAGAGAAAGGUGAACCGGUAG